AUGAUGAAUACCAUCGAAGAACAUUCAUCAUCAUUUUAUCCUCAAUCUUCUGUUAAUAUCGAUUCAGAAAUUGAUGAAAAUGAUCUUAAAUCAAAAUCUUUUGAUAAUCCUGAUUGGACAAUUCAACGAGAAACAUCAAUUACUAUUGAUAAAACUAUAAAUGAUUUUCCAAAAUGUUUUUCAAGAAAAAUUCAAAUUUUAAUUGGAAUCAUUAUAUUCAUUGGAAUUAUUCUUUUAAUUAUCAUUCCACUAAUGAUAUUAACCAUUAAAUCACAUUAA